CUCGGAUCGGGAUUUCACAGCGGAGGCGCCGGCAUCCCGCACCUCCCUAUACACGUCCAGUGUGAAAUCGACAGGGAUGGGCGUCAGGAUGUGGUUGCCAUUCCCCAUGCUGCUCCUGUCCGCUCUGCCCGCAACGUUGCUGAGCGGGGCGGCCGGCUUCACACCCUCUUUGGAUAGUGACUUCACCUUCACGCUGCCCGCCGGCCAGAAGGAGUGCUUCUACCAGCCCAUGCCCCUGAAGGCGUCGUUGGAGAUCGAGUACCAAGUUUUAGAUGGAGGAGAAUUAGAUAUUGAUUUCCACCUUGCCUCUCCAGAGGGCAGAACCUUAGUUUUUGAACAAAGAAAAUCAGAUGGCGUUCAUACUGUAGAGACUGAAGAUGGCGACUACAUGUUCUGCUUUGACAACACAUUCAGCACCAUCUCUGAGAAGGUCAUUUUCUUUGAGUUGAUCCUGGAUAACAUGGGAGAAGAAGUUGAAGGACAAGAAGACUGGAAAAAGUAUAUUACUAACACAGAUGUUCUGGAGAUGAAACUAGAAGACAUCCUGGAAUCCAUCAACAGCAUCAAGUCCAGACUAAGCAAAAGUGGCCACAUACAGACUCUGCUUAGAGCAUUUGAAGCUCGUGAUCGAAACAUACAAGAAAGCAACUUUGAUAGAGUCAAUUUCUGGUCUGUGGUGAACUUGAUGGUCAUGGUGGUGGUGUCAGCUAUUCAAGUUUAUACACUGAAAAGUCUAUUUGAAGAUAAGAGGAAAAGUAGAACUUGAAACUCCAGCACAGAUUACUUAAUGUUGAAAAAAAGAGGUAGAAAAUUCUAAUACACUGUCACAGUCAAAAGAUAGUCAUAUUUCCCAUAACAUUUUCAGAAAUGUAUGUAAGUGUAAGAUAUGUAAAUUUUAAUAUGAAAGGAAAAUCAUCACUUUAUGUCCAGAUAACUUUAUUGACCCAGUUAUACUUAAAAAUAAAACAAGAUGUCAUAUACAAUUUAUAUUUAAUUGAAUGAAGCCAUAUUAACUAUUUUCCUAAGGUUAAAAAUCUUUCCUAGAUAUCACAUAUGAAUGAAAUGAAAUAACAAUGUUCAUAAACAUGCCACCAGUUUGCUUUUACCUAGAAUUUUCUCUGUACAUGUGGCAGCUACAAAUUAAUUAAUUAAAGAAGUUUCCUAUACAUUACAUUAUAAAUCACUUGAGAAUUAUAUAAUCAUGGACUGGAUAGAUCAGCUUUUCUCUACCAAAUCUCUCCAUAAAAAUAGAAGCAUACCACUGAAAAAAUAUUUCCAAUAUUUUUACAACCAAAUAUAAUGUGAAAUAUCCACUAGUAUUAUUUUAUAUACUUAUCUAUAUUUCCAAAAGCUAACAUUUUUAUAAUUAAAACCGGAAAGGCAUUCUUUCCUCAUAAAAUUUAGGCUAGGCUGCGUCUUUGUCUUUGAUAAUAAGAUAUAUAAAGGGUGGUUGAUGUUUGUGAAUAAGAUGCAUUCUGUCUAGACAUUAGCUGGGAUUAGGGAUAAGAUGAAUUUAUUUUUAUAUUACGCAUCAACAGUGUUAUGCUGGCUUCUGCACAGCUGUUGGUCUUGGCAAUGCAUUCUCACAAGCAGGUGUGAGGGACGGACAUACUACUGAAGAGAUGUGAUGUGAGUGUAAAUAGACAGCUCCUUUCUAAAGUCUCAGUCAUGAGAAACACGAACAACAAGUUUACCUAAGAGAAGUGUAAUAUCUGGAAUCAGAAGGGCUCUUCUUAGGGGCUGGGGAUUUAGCUCAGUGGUAGAGCCCUUACCUAGGAAGCACAAGGCCCUGGGUUCGGUCCCCAGCUCCGAAAAAAAAA